AUGCUGGAAGGCUUGCGGCCUGGACACCUCACCGAUAGGUCGUAUGAUCGACCUCGAGGAGAAGAUGUUGGCGGAAGCGCCUCACAGCGGGAAAGGCUGCUGAGGGGCGAGUCGACCUAUACCACCUCCAGUGGCAUGGAGCACUUCAUUGAGGAUCAGCCACAGCUCCUGCAGUAUGGCAUGACACAUUUGCUGCCCAAAGCUUCAACCACAGAGGAAAGGGAACGACUUCUGAGGAGAUUGGAAAUGUGCGCAAAAGCCAGAGAGGAGUCAACGAAGAUCAUGAGUAUCCGCUUUGCUCAAAGAGAUGCAGUGAAGCACGAUAUGAAGCAAGAUAGGCGCGUCUACCUGGAUCGCUUGCUGGCCUCGCAGCGCGAAAGGGACGAGAGAUGGGCCAGGAGGCUUCAGAAAAGUCCUUUUGCCAUAGACCUGGUUGCUGAAGACCAGCGAAUCUCUGAGGAGAAUCGCGUGAGACAGCUUGUGGAACAGCGAAGGGCGAAAUCCACUGCAACCCGUAGCCGUGAAGCCCACCAUCGGAUCUUCAAACGUGCCACGGCCGAAUCCGACGAGCUGGACCAGCUGCGGAGAGAGAAGAGGACUUGCCCCUCGACAAAAGCAGACCCGCCCAGCGUGAUGACCCUUGGCGACGGUGGGCGCCCAGGGACAGUUAGUAAGGCCCCACUGAGUGAUGGCCAAAGCCUUAUCGAAAAACUCUUGGGCAAGGCGCUGAGUGAUGAUGCUCUCGCAAAGCUUCGAAGCCUUUUCACCAAAGAAACUGCAGAGCCAGUCCGUGGUACGGCCUUGCUUCCGGGCAGCGUUUGCUAUUGUUUCCAAGACGUCCGGAAAGAGAAGGAGGUGGAUCAACCUCAGAUGCAGCCAGUCGUGCUGCUUCCGCCCGAGUCGGAUCAUCAGGGCAGUCAUCGCUUUUGCUUAGUUGGCGGCUUACCUCCACUGCCCAAGAAGGUCUACCGGGUUCGAUGGUCCAGCCUGUGUCCCAUAGAUGAAUGUGGUGCCGUGAGAGACGUUGAUGCUCACUUCAGACAUUACAGGAUUCUCUGGCGUCGACCUGGAUGUGAUGAGGAUGAGCUCGUGGAGCUGUUGCCGCCCAGUGAUGGCAUGUGUCAGAUUGCUGCAGUGGAUGGCGUUCAUGUGGUGAACCCCGAUGAGAUCACCUGGAAUCGCUCCAUGCCCAAGAGAUGUGAUUGA